GCAUUUUCAAUAUUUCAAUGCGGAAGAGAGUCACGUUCAGUUGAUUUCGAAGACGCUCGCGUUCAAAUACUCCAAAUAAAGGAAACAUAUGUACCUUGAGCCAGCCAGCAGCUAGCAACACGGAUUAAAUAUAUUUUUUUGAGUGAUUUUCGAGUUCGAGUUUGCCAAAGACAAAGUUUGAUAUUUGAAAUCUGCCGCGUGCGCCCAGCAAGUCGCAGUUUGAAAGAUGCGCCCCUUCGGCAACGACAUCACGAACCUCUCGGCCAACUCCAAUGGCAGUGGUGGCGGCAACAACGAUCCCAACGACCACAACGAUGGCGACGAUGGCAAUCGAAACGAUGACCGCAAUGACCGCAGCACCAGCAUCACGGACAACGAGGAGUCGGCCCACUCGGACGAGGACCCCAGUGUUCCGCCGCACAUUGCCAGGAUCGGCGGCAUCGGCACCUUCCCGCCCAUCGCCGGACAGGGCGUCAUCCGGGUGGUGCACCGGUGCGAGGACGCCAAGGAGAACCACAAGCUGGAUCUUUCCAAUUGUGAACUGAUGCAAAUUCCAGAGGCGGUCUACCAUCUUAUGCGAAAUACAGAGCUGCAGACCUGCGACCUGAGUGGCAACGUUCUGAAGAGCGUGUCUCCAAAGUUCUCACAGAAAUUUAGCCACAUUACAGAUCUUAAUCUGUCGCACAACAAACUUUCGAGGCUGCCAGACGAAUUUGCCGGCUUGACCGCCCUGAUCAAGCUGAAUAUCUCAAACAAUUCGUUCAUCGUGUUACCACAAGUAGUCUUUAAGCUGCAGAACCUAGCCAGUCUGGAUGCCCAGAACAAUGCCAUUUUGGAGAUUGACACGGAGGAGGCCAUAGCCAGUGACUGCUUGGCUCUGGUAGACCUUCGCAAUAAUCCGCUGAGCAGAAACUGCCGACGCAGGCUGCAAAACUUCAAGACCUCCUUUGUUUUAGAGAUCUCCGUGGAUGUGGAAGACGACUGGUAGAUGAACCCUUUUACAGCACACCAAAAACAAAUCUCUCGUUAUCUCGGAAGAGAGCGCUCGAAGCGGCCCUCCUUCAUAUUAUUUAUUCUGUUUAUUUACCAAAGAACGCAAAGUUGUUUAUACAUUUACGUGGGAGGAAUGAUUGAACCUGGAUGUACCUCCAAAAUCGAUUAAUUGCGAAGCCACUCGAAAUAGGGCAUAUAAAUUAAUUUGUUGAAAUUUUACAAGAGAAAUGCAGUGUCCGCAUUUGAAAGCUUUUCUCGCCCGAUUUUAGAACAGCAAUAGAAUUAUAUAUCCGAUAAAACUUUAAUAAAUUCGCAAUUUUUUGAUUGUUUAUUUCCUUUUAAAUAAAAAACAACCAAAUUGUGCCUAUUUGGGUAAA